GGCGCUGUGAUGAUGCAACGCUCGAGUGGAGCGAGCAGACGGUGCGUGUUGGGGUGGUAGGCGGCGGCGUGUCGUAGGUGUCGUCCUUGGAAGUGACCAGGGCCACCGCAGGAAUGGUGCUCGAGCUCUACGUCUCGGACCGCGAGGGGAAUGAUGCUACCGGGGAUGGAACCAAGGAGAAGCCAUUUAAAACGGGCCUAAAGGCUCUGAUGACAGUAGGAAAAGAACCGUUUCCCACCAUUUAUGUCGACUCACAGAAAGAAAACGAGCGGUGGGAUGUCAUCUCCAAAUCCCAGAUGAAGAACAUUAAGAAAAUGUGGCACCGGGAGCAAAUGAAGAAUGAAUCACGGGAAAAGAAAGAGGCAGAAGACAAUUUGCGAAGAGAGAAGAACCUGGAGGAAGCCAAGAAGAUCACCAUUAAAAAUGACCCGAGCCUUCCAGAGCCCAAAUGUGUGAAGAUCCACGCAUUGGAAGCCUGUCGAGGCCAGAGGGUGAAGGUGUUUGGCUGGGUCCACAGACUGCGUCGCCAAGGAAAGAACCUGAUGUUCCUGGUGUUGCGGGAUGGCACAGGCUACCUCCAGUGUGUUUUGUCUGAUGAUCUGUGCCAGUGUUACAAUGGGGUGCUCCUAUCCACGGAGAGCAGUGUUGCGGUGUAUGGGAUGCUGAACCUUACCCCAAAGGGGAAACAGGCCCCGGGGGGCCACGAGCUGAUCUGUGACUUCUGGGAGCUGCUGGGCUUGGCUCCUGCUGGAGGAGCCGACAACUUGAUCAACGAGGAGUCCGACGUCGAUGUGCAGCUCAACAACAGGCACAUGAUGAUCCGGGGCGAGAACAUGUCCAAGAUCCUGCGGGCACGCUCCGUGAUCACACGGUGCUUCCGUGAUCACUUCUUCGAGAGGGGAUACUGUGAGGUCACUCCGCCCACGCUGGUGCAGACGCAAGUGGAAGGCGGUGCUACGCUCUUCAAACUGGACUACUUUGGGGAGGAGGCAUUUCUGACUCAGUCCUCGCAGCUCUACCUGGAAACCUGCCUCCCAGCUCUGGGGGAUGUGUUCUGCAUUGCCCAGUCCUACCGGGCCGAGCAAUCCCGCACACGGAGACACCUGGCUGAGUACUCGCACGUAGAGGCUGAGUGCCCCUUCAUCACCUUUGAGGACCUGCUGAACCGGCUGGAGGACCUGGUGUGUGACGUGGUGGACCGAGUGUUGAAGUCACCCGCUGCCAGCAUCGUGUACGAUCUCAACCCGAACUUCAAGCCCCCCAAACGGCCUUUCAGACGGAUGAACUAUUCAGAGGCUAUUGAGUGGCUGAAAGAGCAUGACAUUAAGAAAGAUGAUGGAACUUUCUACGAGUUUGGAGAGGAUAUCCCAGAAGCCCCUGAGCGACUGAUGACAGACACCAUUAAUGAGCCCAUCUUGCUUUGUCGGUUCCCUGUGGAGAUCAAAUCCUUCUACAUGCAGCGAUGUCCCGAGGAUGCCCGCCUCACUGAAUCUGUCGAUGUGUUGAUGCCCAAUGUCGGCGAGAUUGUGGGGGGCUCCAUGCGUAUCUGGGAUAGUGAUGAGAUCUUGGCAGGCUACAAAAGGGAAGGAAUCGACCCCACUCCGUAUUACUGGUAUACAGAUCAGAGAAAAUAUGGCACAUGUCCCCAUGGUGGAUAUGGAUUGGGCUUAGAGCGAUUCCUGACCUGGAUUCUGAACCGGUAUCACAUCCGUGAUGUGUGCUUAUACCCUCGAUUUGUCCAGCGCUGCAAGCCCUGACCGCCCCCUUGCCCUACUCUGACAUGUCCAGAAACCAGGCACCAGGAGGGAGCAGCCUGCGCCCAUAACACAAACCAGAACCUGGGGUUUGCACCCCGCUGGGGUGUGUCUGUCUCCAUCUGCUAUUUAUGCUCCAUAGAGUCAUCCUGAUCCCCUUACUGACCGGUGACAUUGAUAUGUUCUGUCUGCGAGAAAAAAAGAAAAAUAUUCAUCACAAAAUUUUGGGGGACACAGUUCUGAAGACAUUUAAGCAUCUUAUCCAAUUAUAGGUUACCUGCUUUGUGUCCUAACCAUAUUUGAUUAAACCAUUUCCAGUUCCAAUAAGGCAUUCUAGUAAUGUCAUCUGUCCUUUCAUGUGCCACUGGAAUUCCUGCUGUAUAGAUGAGUUAGCAUAUUGAUGAGUUAGACAUCCUAGGGGAAAAUUGGUAUGAAAUUGGCAUUAAAAUCUGCUAGUAUUCCAACAGAUUAUAAUCAAUAGUGGAUAUCGGGACAAGUGAGUAGUCCUGUGCAUUACUCAUCUUUUUAAAGACUAUAGCCGCAUCCAGAUUGGCCUGGAAGGAUAUGUCUAAAUGGAAUUGCCUUAUUUGAAGUAAGAGCAGUUUCAUUUUGAGCAGGGAUCGGUGGGGGUCCUUUUAUCAGCAUCUUAUUUCCUAGCAUUAGUUCAACCAAAGAGGCACACUGAUCUUUUUUCCUGCUCGCUCCUAAGUUAAGUAAUUAAAAAUAAAUAAGUUCCAAAGAAGGAAUCAUGAUUGCUGUGACAUUUGAGUCAUCCCUGCCCCUUCCUCAGACUUCCCUGAUUAACCCUCAGCAGGCUCACCAAAUGUCUUCAUUUUAGAUUUGGUUACUUUCUCCCUCAAAUGCAUGUCAUGUGUUCUCAAUUGACUGUAUUCUUCACAAAUCAAUAAAUGCAGACAUCAAA